AUGUUGAGAUCAAAGUAUUUGAUGCAUAAUAUCACAGUUCAUAGUUUGUUUGCUGAUAACGAAUAUCAUCUGGAUAUUAAAGACAUUGAUAAUGAGUUAAGAUUUAGAAGUUAUGCUGACAAUACCAUUCAACACCAAAUGGAAAAAUCAAAACAUACUCCAAUUUCAGUCAGAUCGUCGACAUCAAUCGAAUAUCCUCUAGUUACACAAGAUCAUCAAAGUGGACUCAUUGUUACUCGAGGAAUACCAUUGACAAGUUUACACCACACACAGCAUCAAUCAUCUGCACAAGCUUCAACCGCUGACAAGAGUGUCGCUCAGCCUCAUCGAUCCCCAACCACGUCACUACCACUUUUACCUGCACAUCAAAAAGUUUCCAGUUCCAUCAUUCCAUCAACAAUAUAUAGUUCACCUCUUCCUGCUCAUACUCACACACUAGCUAAAUCUACAACCACCUUUCCAUUGACGACAAAUGAAGAGGAAUUAGCUCUUGACUUUUCAUAUCGGAAAAAAAGUAACAAAAAUGUAAUUGAAUGGCAAAAUAGUAGUUCAAUAGAUUCUUUCAUAACGGACGUAUUUAAUGCAAAUGAAUUUCAAUUGUUGGAACAACCUGAUGAAAAAGCGACACCAAUUAAUCUUGAUCUCGAAAUACCGUUAACUAAACAGUUGAUAAAUAGUAGACAGUUAACUCAUUAUAAGCAAUUUUGUUCUGCCAGCGAUACAGCAGAACAGUCAGAUAAAACAAAAUCAAAACUGGAACAAGACCAACAUUAUCUAUGUUCGUCACAGCGUCGUGUCACAUCAUCCUGUUGUGCAUGUGAAAUAACUCUCAAUGAAAUUACUCUAUUGGAUGAUAAUAAUCAAGAAUUAUCGGACGAUCAACCUUUUAACUGGUGUUCAUAUUUAUCUUUAGUCAGUUGUCGAUCUGUCGCAGAAGAUUAUUUUGAUCAUUAUAUAUUCUCAAUUGAACAUGGAUUCAAAGAUGGAAUGAAACUCGAAUAUUUAUACGAUAAACAACAUGAUUAUUAUUGGUUAAUAGAAAUUCAAUUAUCAUGUAAAAAUUUGUUACUACUCAGAUAUGUUGGAUUACAAGACAAUGAUGACGAAUAUGAUUUUUGGUGUGAUGUCUAUCAGAAAGAAUUACAUCCAAUUGGAUGGUGUCGUGAAAAUAAAAAACUCAUGUUUCCACCAACGAUUGUUACAGAUAGAAAUCAAAGUGGUACAAAUAAACCACCAUCAUUUGAUAUUGAAAAAUUACAUGAACAGGAGAUGAAUGGUGAAAGUGCACCAGCGUAUUUAUUCGAUAAAGAUAUUGGUUUAACUCCGUGCGAUCAAUUAAAAGUUGGUAUGAUUUUGGAAAUUCAAGGUGAAGUACGACCAUGGACAGUAUGGUUUGUUCGUAUUGCUAAAAAUCAAGGUGGCUUAUUAAAACUGCAUUAUGUUGGUCUUGAUGAUAAUGAAUCAGACUUUUAUUUAUUUUAUUUGGAAUGGAGGUUACAUGUCAUAGGUUGGAUGGCUGCAACGAAUUCCACAGACUUUAUUUAUGAAUUACCCGUACAUUUGUUACCCAAUGAGAAAAUAGAUCGACAAAAAAUUAUACAAGAAUGUGGACGAAAUAUAUGGUUUAUACCACCACACAUAUUUAAACCUCAAGAUGUGAUACCUAAACAUCGUUUUAUUUCUGGUAUGAAACUAGAGGUGUUUGAACCAUCGAAUCAACAUGUAUAUCCUGGAAGUGUUGGUCAUGUACAUAAUGAAUAUUAUUUUGAUGUUCAUAUCGAUUCAGCAGUAGUACAAGAUAAUGAUAUACAACAACACCAGUUUUGUGCUUAUGCCUCGCAUCCAUUUAUUUUACCAGCCCAAUGGGCUACACAACAUAAAUUAGCAUUAAUGAAAACAAAAUCAUCUCGUCAUCCUGAAGAUUAUUGGAAAUUGUAUGCUGAAAAGAAAAGUCAAGCGGAUGAAGCAGUUGAUAUUGCACCCGAACGAUAUUUUCAAUUACCUACAUUAUCUUCGACAACGUCUAGAAUUGAACCAGGAAUGAAAUUAGAACUUAUUUAUCCUGCUAAUUCCAAUAAAAUUGUCUCUUCAACAGUUGUUCACAUUGCUGAUCAUUUAAUUUGGUUACGAGUCGAUUCUGAACAUGGUAUCUAUUCUGUUGUUCCAAUUAAUUCAAUGAAAAUAUUUCCUAUUGGAUGGGCGAAAUAUAAUCAUAUAGACUUUAUAAAACCGCUGAGAUAUUCGGUUAAUGUUAAAGUAUCUAAACAAAAUCGUUACGAAUGUCCAAAAAUUCCAAGACCAUAUUUGGGUUCAGUAUAUAUUUGUACAUUAUUUAUUAAUCAUCGAUGUUAUUGUGGUCCCUAUUUUUGUUCAUCACGUCUUGCCCGUCUUCCAUCAUCAUUCGGUCCUGGUCCAUUUCAUAUAGUUUUAAAAGAAGUUCUUUUACGAUUAAUUAACUGUUCGACAAAUGCUUCACGUGCUAUACGUCGUCUUGAACAAUCAUCAUCGUCAUCUUCAGCACCAAAUAUGAUUAGUGAAUUGCUCAAAUGUAAAAAAACGAAACAAUCAUUUCGUAAUGUAUCAAUUAUACGAGAACCUCAGUCACUACUAGAAUAUUUAAGACACGUUUGUACACAAUUAGAAAUGUGUCCAAAUUUAGUACAUUUGAAAAAAUUAAAUGAAUCGAAUGAUCUAUGUCCAGAAAAGUGUAAAUUAUUGACAACAACAUUCACUUUCAAUACUCAAUCAAAAACUGUUCCGGUGAAUAAACGUACAAAAUUACGUUUUCUAAAACGUAAACAAAAAUCAUUAUUAUCUAAUUUACAACAAAAUAACAGUAAUACAAAAGAUGACAGUGCAACAAUAACUCUCAAUCUAAAAAAUGACAUUGAUGAAACAUCAACAAUUGCAUCAAACGGUGACGAUACAAUGAAAAAAGUUGAACCCAUAGAGGAACUGCCAACGACUACUUGUGAUCGUAAAACUCGUGGUUUUCGACUUCAUAUUGAACCUCGUACACACACAAUAACACGAGUAGCAAGAAAAAAAAUACUGACAGCGGCUGUAUCGAAUGAUCAAAAGUCAAAUAGUAAUGAGAUUGAAAUAAUUCCAAAAGAAGAACCAAUUGUACCCGAUGUAACAGUUCAAAAUGAGCAAAAAUUUUCAUCUAAUUCAUCAGAAUCAUCAACGUCAUCGUCAGCUACAGUUGUAAAUGAGACAGAUCUUGUUAGUUCAACAUUGGCUGAAAAAUCUAAAAAUGAUCAGCAGCAUCGGCAACUAGAAUCACCUCACACUAUUUCAGUAACAACAGCAGCAAUCGUGCCUUGUACCGAUGAUGAAAAUGCUCAAAAAUCUUUUCAACAAACGAACAGUGAUAAAUUAGAAACUUCAAAAUAUGCUACACCACGUCCUAAAACACUUGAUUUAAAAAUAGUCGUUGAUAAUAAUCGUUCAGUGUCACGCUGUUCCUCGAUUACGUCUUGUUCUUCCUCGUCUAGUUUUUCUUCUUCAUUGUCAACACUAGCCACAAAUUCAAAUAAUACGCCAAUCGUAUCUCCAGAAUGUUCUUCGUCAGAUAAUAAAAAUCCACUUGUUCAAAGUCCGACAUCAACGAAUCAAGAUCAACAUGUCACUACCACGACAAGAGGUGGAAAAAGAGGACGAAUAACACGGAAAAAUGAUAAACCUCAGCCGUCAAAAAUAACAACAGCAACAACUAAUAGUAGUCGUGGUAGUCGAGGUCGUCCUCGUGGAAAAGGUCGUGGUCGUCCAUCUUUAUCGAGUCGAGGUGGUAGUGCAAAACGUUCGUUAACUAACGGACAUGAUUUGAAUGAUGAGGGAGAAAAUGGAUUUAAAAAGUUUAAAAUUGAAGAAUGCGAUUCGACAACAAUUGUCGAUAAUAAUAAUAAAAGUGCUGACAAUAAUUCAUCAACACCAACCAGUGAUGAUAUGUCAACAGCAACAACUUCAACAAAUAUUAUGAAUCAGAAUCUUCUUGAUUUAAAUCCCGUUCAAUGGACAGUAAUUGAUGUUUGUGCAUUUUUAAACGAAUGUGGAUGUUCAUUUGCCAUAGAUAACAUCAAAGAACAGGAAAUCGAUGGUCACGCAUUAUUAUUACUUGAUUUGCCUACUGUUCAAGAAAUGUUAGAAUUCAAGUUAGGUCCAGCUGUGAAAUUAUGUCAUGCCGUUGAUCAAUUAAAAUCAAAAGUAAUUGAUACGUAUAAAAAAUGA